AUGCCACAAAACAAGAGAAAUGCACUUGCAACGUUAUUCUUAGUUGCCUGGAAACUUGGCGCGGGCAUAUUAAUUGUUUUGGGAGGCAUUCAAUUACAUGCAAUAAAUCAUUACACCCUAGAACUCUGUUCAGUUCAGUCGGCCACCGUUAUAAACAGUAGGUCUACGUUUAAACUACCAUUUAUAGCUGUUUGGAUUGUUACAGUUAUUGCUGUUCAGAAUAAUUCCUAUAAUCCGAAUAGUAUCAACAGAACAAUAAUAUUUUAUGAUAAUACAGCUGCCAAUUCAGAUACAUAUUCGUGGCAGAGAGUGAAUACAUAUCAAGUCAAUCAUACAUAUCCAUGUUAUAUAUAUCUACCAAUCUUAGCUAAUUACACCACACAAAUUCAAUGGAAAAGACGCUCUAGAUCGAAAGCAAUUGGUUUCAUAGUUGGUGGAAUAUUCCUUUUAAUUUUUGGACUUUGUAUUAGUUGUUGUUGUUAUUGUUAUAUGUCAAGUUGCAAUGGUGAUGACAGUGAUCAAAGAGGAGAUUCUUCUAAUAAUCAACAUACUAGAUUAUCAGAGACGCCAAUGACAGUGAGAUCAACUCGACCAACUGAAAGAGUUGUCGAGCCACCGCCGCCACCUCCAUUUUCAUCAGAAAUGCCACCACCAAGAUAUAGUCAAGUUGUCUCACUUAGGACUGUCACAUUAACGUUACGUUAG